AUGUAUCUUUUUAUCAGAAUCUUUCAAUAUAAAACGAGACCUACUGGGUAUACUAAUGUCUCUACUACUACUACUACUACUACUACUACUACUACUACUACUACUACUACUACUACUACUACUACUACUACUACUACUACUACUACUACUACUACUACUACUACUACUACUACUACUACUACUACUACUACUACUAUGAUACAUGCAGUUAGACGUGUUAUAUAUAUAUACAUCAGUAUUAACAUUAUUAUGUGA